AUGCGCAGAGCGUGGUCUGUGGACGAGUAUGCUCAGGGGCUCAAACGCCAUCACAGUUUUAUCACCCAGAUCGGAGCCGAUGCUAGGGCACCAAAUUGCACUUUAAGCACAUUUGGUACGAAUUAUUACUGGAUUGGGUUCAAUGACCUCAAUGAAGAGGGAACUUGGGCAUGGACUGAUGGCUCAGUUGUAUCUUAUACCAACUGGCAUUCUGGAGAACCAUCUGGUGGAUCUGAAGAUUGUGGUGUAUUACGAUGGAAUUCAGACGGCACAUGGUAUGAUGCAGACUACUUGUCGACAUACGGCUACAUCUGUAAAUACCCGCUAAACACCAUUUCCUGUGCUGAAUGGAAGCGUAAAGGCUAUACAUCUAAUGGAUACUACACAAUAGAUCCUGAUGGGAGAAAUAACGGAGUCGAUCCAUACAGAGUAUACUGUGAUAUGACUACGGAUGCUAGCACAGGUAUCACGACGUUUGAGCACCAGGAGACAAAUCGAUCUUUGGUAACAGAUGCAGAGGCGCCUUUUAGUUUCAUCCGAAACAUAACCUAUGGUGACAAGUCGGUUAAUCAAGUGACCACCGGUGCCGAUAUCAGCGGGGAGUGCUACCAAUAUAUCAAGUACGAAUGCCAUGCUUCCUAUUUGACUGGCUAUACUGCUUGGUAUGACAGAGACGGAAAGCAGAAGAACUACUGGGGUGGAGCCACGGUAGACAGCGGACAGUGCGCUUGUGGAAUCUCAGGUUCAUGUACCAACGGUCACCAAUGCAACUGCGAUACCGAUGACGAUGCCUGGAGAGAGGACUCGGGGUAUCUUACCGAUAAGACUACCUUACCUGUUACUGAAAUGAGGUUUGGUGAUACAGGAGACACCGUCGAGUACGGGUAUUAUACACUAGGACCAUUAUACUGCAAGGGGGAUGAUUCUUUCCUUGUGACGGGUCGUACAGAUUUCAUGUUCAUCAAAGAAAGGUACCUUCAUUAUAACAACAACGCAGUUCUGUCUAGCAUCACGGUUGAAGAAUGCGCCCAGGCCUGUGUGUCAGCCUUCACCUUCAUAUGUAGAUCGUUUGACUAUGAACCAUCCUACAGCAGGUGCUAUCUCAGUGAGGAGAAUGACUUGACUGUUAACCCAUAUAGCGGUUCUGUUUAUCACAUGUUUGUUCGGAUCAUGGACCGCAUUGAAGACCCAUUUACUGAUGAUGAUACAAGUGAUCAGGAUCUGUGUGACGCUGGUUGGAUACGUAACGGUAAUGCAUGCUACCAACUAGUUGAAUCUACCGUCGACUAUACUACAGCCCUUGAUGGGUGCAGAAAUCUCAAUGACUACGGUGAUCUGGCGAGCGUAGCUGAUCAAGACGAAAGCAACUUUCUUUUCGUGUUAUCGAGACGCACCUUUGGAAUGAAUUAUUACUGGAUUGGGUUCAAUGACCUCGAUGAAGAGGGAACUUGGGCAUGGACUGAUGGCUCAGUUUCAUCUUAUACCAACUGGUAUUCUGGAGAACCAUCUGGUGGAUCUGAACAUUGUGGUGUAUUACGAUGGAGUUCAGACGGUACAUGGUAUGAUGCAGGCUGCUCGUCAACACACGGCUACAUCUGUAAAUACCCGCUAAACACCAUUUCCUGUGCUGAAUGGAAGCGUAAAGGCUAUACAUCUAAUGGAUACUACACAAUAGAUCCUGAUGGGAGAAAUAAUGGAGUCGAUCCAUGCAGAGUAUACUGUGAUAUGACUACGGAUGCUAGCACAGGUAUUAUGACGUUUGAGCACCAGGAGGCAAAUCGAUCUUUGGUAAUAGGUGAAAAUUCACCUUUUGGUUUUAUCCGAAAUAUUACCUAUGGUGACAAGUCGAUUGAUCAAGUGGCUACCGGUGCCGAUAUCAGCGGGGAGUGCUACCAAUAUAUCAAGUACGAAUGCCAUGCUUCCUAUUUGACUGGCUAUACUGCUUGGUAUGACAGAGACGGAAAGCAGAAAAACUACUGGGGUGGAGCCACGGUAGACAGCGGACAGUGCGCUUGUGGAAUCUCAGGUUCAUGUCACAACGGUCACCAAUGCAACUGCAACACCAAAGACGAUGCCUGGAGAGAGGACUCGGGAUAUCUUACCGAUAAGACUACCUUACCUGUUACUGAAAUGAGGUUUGGUGAUACAGGAGACACCGUCGAGUACGGGUAUUAUACACUAGGACCAUUAUACUGCAAGGGAGAUGAAUCUUUCCUUGUGACGGGUCGUACAGAUUUCAUGUUCAUCAAAGAAAGGUACCUUGGUGGUUACAACAACGCAGUCCUGUCUAGCAUCACGGUUGAAGAUUGCGCCACGGCCUGUGUGUCAGCCUCCAGCUUCAUAUGUAGAUCGUUUGACUAUAAUCCAUCCUCCAGCAGGUGCUAUCUCAGUGAGGAGAAUGACUUGACUGUUGACCCAUCUAGCGAUCCUGUUUAUCACCUGUUUGUUCGGAUCAUGGACCGCAUUAAAGACCCAUUUACUGGUGGGUAA